UCGAAUCAGAUCCAACCAUUUGUUUCGGGUUUGAUUCACACUCUUUUGUGGAUCUCAAAAUGGCGACUGGAACUACCAAGAGGAUUUCGGCAGCGUCUGCUAGAGCUCAUACGCGACGAUCAAAUCCAGCUACUCCGUCGAGAAUAUCAGGGAUCGUCAAAAAAGUUCUGCUCGUUUUCGUUGUUGGUUUGCUGGCUUGGGGUUAUCAGACAGCACUUCCUCCUCCACACAAGACAUGUGGCUCCAAAGACGGCCCUCCAAUUACAGGGCCGAGAAUACAGCUCAAGGACGGGCGGCACCUGGCUUACAGAGAGUUCGGUGUUCCAAGGGAAAAUGCAAAGCACAAAAUUGUGUUUAUUCAUGGAUUCGAUUCAUGUAGGCAUGAUGCUUUAUGUCUAACAGGAAAUCUUCCCGAGGAAUUUAUCCAAAGCCAUGGACUCUACAUUCUCUCCUUCGACAGGCCUGGCUAUGGCGAGAGUGAUCCCAACCCGAAACUAUCAAUCAAAAGCACUGCUCUUGAUAUUGAGGAGCUCGCUGAUCAGUUGGGAUUAGGAUCUAAAUUCUACAUCAUUGGGUUUUCCAUGGGCGGGCAGGUCGCCUGGACAUGCCUCAAGUACAUCCCUCACAGAUUGGCCGGAAUAGCUCUACUUGCGCCUGUCGUGAAUUAUUGGUGGCCGAGCCUUCCUUCAAACUUGACGGGAGAAGUAUACAAGAAGUUGCUUCCACAGGAUCAGUGGGCUCUAAGUGUUGCUCACCAUAUGCCAUGGCUUGUCUACUGGUGGAACACUCAAAAACUGUUUCCUCCUUUGAGCCUUGUUGCUUUAAGACCGGAGUUACUUCCUAAAGUUUUUUCUCCCCACGACCUAGAGGUUAUGGCGAGCCGUGCUUCUCACAGACAUCUAUUCCAGGGGCAUAUAAGACAACAAGGAGAGUACAACUCCAUCCACCGCGAUCUAGCAGUUCACUUCGGCACAUGGGAAUUCGACCCCAUGGAGCUGAAGAAUCCAUUCCCAGAAAACGAAGGCCCCAAAGCGCACCUAUGGCAGGGAGACGAGGAUCUCCUCGUCCCUGUCAUACUUCAGCGCCACAUUGUCAGUCAGCUGCCAUGGAUUCAGUACCACGAAUUAACUGGCCGCGGCCACAGCUUCCCUUGCUUCGGAAAAAUGCCCGAAAACAUCAUUCAAUCUCUUAUCACACCUAAAAGCCAUUAAUGAUCAUACCUCCCACUGCUUCAUUUCAUUCUUCAGCUUUAUAUUAAAUAGACAGACAUCUUGCAAGAGCUAGGAAUAGUUCUUGAAAGAAUCUGCAGAUUGUUGUUGUUUUUUUUAAGGUUGUUAGCUUAGAAGAAGACAAGAACUUCUGCUAUAAAAUAAAGCCAUCUUAUUAGUAUUA